AGAAGAAUUCAUAUUCUUCUGUAACGAACCGCUGUUUUUCUCGAACUUUUCCAGACGUUUGAAUUAACUUGCAAUAUGAGUCUGGACUCGUUGUUUCACCACAUUUUACUUUCAGAACAAGAGGCUGAAGAGAAAAGACGUCGUUUACUGGAAGUUAAAGCGGAAAUUGACUGGUAUCAAGAAAAACACAAGACUUUAAUGGAAGAACUAGAGUGUGCAAAAAUGAAAGUGGAAGAAAAGACCCGGAUUCUGUCUGAAACUGCUUUGCAGUGUGGCCUAUUAAGGAUGCACAAAGAAGCAACUGAAAAGCAGAAAGCUGACCUUUCAAAACAAAAGCACAAUCUCAUAGAAUCCCUGGGGGAAAUACGACAAAAAUGCUCAGAAGAGCAGGAGAAAUUUAUGAAAGAGAUCAUGGCUUUCAAUGAUGAUUACAGUCUACUGACAGACAGAGAAGCAAUUAUGGAAUCCAGAACCAAGGCAGAAAUACUUAAAUUGGAAGAGGAAGAAACUUUUUUAAUCAAGGAAAUGGAGUGUAUGGAACAGAAAAAUAUUCAAUUGAAUGCUUUGCAGUCAGAAAAGAGCUCACUUCAGCUACAGAUGGUGGAGCUUGAAGACAAAACAAAAGUCCUUGAAAAAAACCUGAAUGAAGCAAUAACUUUCACAGAAACUUUGAAAGCUGAAAAACUAAAAAUUCACCAGAAACCAGAGACUGAUGGUGAAUUCCUUAGACUUCAAAGGGAGCUGAAAUUCUACAAAGAACAGAACCUAGAAAGUGUCAGAGAAGCUCUUUGCUCGGAAAUCCAUUUCCUCCAAAUGAAAUUAGCACAAAAGGGCAUUCAGUUUUCAAGCAGCUACUGUUGAUUUAAGUUGCAUUGGAGAGAUCAAUGGCUGAUGAUGGAGGUGUGUAGAGUACGUACAUCUAUCAAGUACCACAGCAAAGGCAAACAGCGAAUGCUUCUGGAAAUCGUUAGCUGCUUCUUAUCUUUUUGCUGCACAGCACAAAGUGAGUUGACACAAGUAGAACAAGUGGAACAAGGCAGACGGUAGCAGUUAAGAUUUAAUGUGAAUAGAGCUUAAGAUGCUAGCUUUGUCUUGCUUUUCAUAUUGUACUGGAGCAGAUUUAUAGUUUUGUUUUCGACAGUGGUCAAAAAUGUUUUGUACACACUAGAUGUA